GCUGGAAUCCUCGUUUUCCAACUGCUCCCAAGGAACGAAGGGGCGCAGGGCGUCCGGGAAGCGGGGCCAGAAAUGCUCAGGACUGGGUUGGUGCAAGCCAUUCCGACCGCUAUGCUCCUCUCUCCGGCUGUGGCUCCGGGAUGCCCUAAAAUGCAAGCCUCCGAAAUAGAACAAAAGGGCGAGACAAGAGCCGGCUGAGAGCAGGAUGAAAUAGCGUUUUUUGGCCUGCAUGUGUCCUGCCUGGGUCAAGAGGAUUGUAAAUAAACACAAGAAUCACCCAAGUUUCCCAAUCAACACUUUCAGCUCCAGUCCGCCAUCUUCCCGCCUGUAAAGACUUCAAACUCUCCGCUCCCACCUUCUCUGGAUGCCUUUCCCCAAGCCGUGGACUGAUCCAGCGCAUGUGGGCGAUUUCUUUAACUUUCUCCCCUUCGGUCUUUCAUCUUCGGCUUGCACAAUGCGCGGGAGACACGGCGGGGCUGAAUUGCACCCAGGGCGGGCGAGCAGCGGACUGUAAUUCUCGUGCAUGCAACAAGACGGAGGAAAGAAAAAAAAAGAAAAGAAAAGAAAGAAGGUGAGGGGGAGAAAAACGCUCUCCCGAUGCCCAAUCAAUGGCCAGGCGGAGUGGUCGCCUCGCCUCUGCUAUCGUUCUCGCCGGCGUGGAACACGAUCCCCGGGAAAGCAACUUCAACUCAUCCACGCUCCGGUGCACAGCACUCCGCUCCCAACAAGUCGGCCACUCCGGAGGCUCCCGGGCCGGCUAGUGCAUCCUGUAGCUGGGGCGCCGUAACCUCACAAAUCCCUGCAUCUCGCUUUCUUUGCCUCCUGCAGCAGCUCCGAGACUCCGCCGGUGUUUACUCUGCGCUCGCGGGGCCGGCCCCGGGACUCGCGGCGGCCCGGCGGGCGGGCGGCGGGGCUGGGCGGGCGGCGGCGGCGGCGCGUCCUCCCCGCGGGCAGAGCCGGCCCCGAGCGGCGCUUCGCAGGCCACCGCGCGAUGCCGCCGGCCGCCGCGUUCGGUCGCCGAGUGUUACCCGGUUCUGA